GGGCGCGCGUGCGCGGCGCCGCAGUCUGUAGGUUGGCUGGCUAUUUUGCAAGCGGGAGGGGUCGCGCGCGCUCCUGCCUCCGGCCUCUGUCCCCCACCCCCCCUUCCCCGGUCCCGGCCUCGGUCUCUCCUUCGGAAAGAUGUCGGACACGGCCGUAGCUGACACUCGGCGCCUUAACUCGAAGCCGCAGGACCUGACUGACGCUUACGGGCCGCCAAGUAACUUCCUGGAGAUCGACAUCUUUAAUCCACAGACGGUGGGCGUGGGCCGCGCGCGCUUCACCACCUAUGAGGUUCGCAUGCGGACAAACCUGCCUAUCUUCAAGCUGAAGGAGUCCUGUGUACGGCGGCGCUACAGUGACUUUGAGUGGCUCAAAAAUGAGCUGGAGCGAGAUAGUAAGAUUGUAGUACCACCACUGCCUGGGAAGGCCUUGAAGCGGCAGCUCCCUUUUCGAGGCGACGAAGGGAUCUUUGAGGAGUCGUUCAUCGAAGAAAGGAGGCAGGGCCUCGAACAGUUUAUUAACAAAAUCGCUGGGCACCCACUUGCUCAGAAUGAACGCUGCCUACACAUGUUCCUGCAGGAGGAGGCCAUUGACAGGAGCUACGUCCCCGGGAAGGUGCGCCAGUAGGAGCCCCUCUCCCUACUUGCCCUCUGCUCUCCUGCUGAAAUAACAUUGGUUUUUACACUAAGCCUCUCUCUCUGUUUGAUCUGAAGUCGGCUGCCCAUCCCCUGGUUUGACACGCUGUCUGCCAUUGUAUUCCUUGGUACCUGACUACACCGUGGGCUCCGUGCUGGGUCCUUCUCUCUGAGGAGGGGCGGGAAACCACAGGCAGAUGCCCUUUGCUUGGGGUUGGGGGGUGGGUGGGAAGACUGUGCUGGAAGGCAGUUUCUUGGGGUUUACCCAUACCAGGAGGCAAAGCUGGGGGUGGGGGGCGGGCCUGGUGCUGGCAAGGCACUUGGCUACGAACCGAUGCCGCGAGUCCAGGGGAUUUUUCUUACUCUUAGGUUUAACCAGGAACAAUGAGCAGGGAAAAACCCUGCCUUUCCUACCUGCAUGAACUUUUUCCUUCCUGGGAGGGUGGUAGAGACGCAAAAUCUCUUCUUGUUUUCUCUAGGCCUGCUCCCAGUUUUGUCAAGAGUUUUCCUUUGUUACUUUCUCUCUCCCUUGAUGCUUUUCAUGGCAGUAACCCUCCUAGAGUCCAAGCAGUCUGUCAUGUGGAGCAGGGUGUGUGGGUUUUCUGGGCUCCCCUUCAUGGCUGCCUCCGAGUCAGAAGGAAGCCCUAAGGCAGUAGGGCUCCCAGCAGGUGAGUCAGUCUGAGCCUGCAGUUCCCCCUCCCCAAGCCCUGGCUACCUAUGGUUAGCUUUGCAGUUGGUGGCUUGCGGGCUAGGGGCAGCUCCCUGAAGGUGGGAGUGGGUCGCUUUCUAGGUACUUCCACUCUCCCUUCCGCCCUCUCACUUAGUGCUGCCACAGGGCAGAAGCACAUGCGCAAACCACACAGCAGGGCUCCCCGGCGUUACGGGACUAGCCGCACAUGUUUCCCACGGAACUCCAGCAUUGUCCCAAGCGCUGAGCUAGGGCUGGCAGCUGGCUAUGGAUUUCCCAGGCCUUGCAGUCUCAGGCAGCUUCUUGAGGCUGCCAACUUUCCUGGCCUUGUCCGGGAGGUAGUGGUUAGUUUGCUGGGGCCCAUCACUUGGUCCAGGUGGUAGGAUGGGAGCAAGCUAACUCUGGAGGCAGGUCGGAAGUGGGGCUCUGCUUAGCCUCCCUCCCAUUGAAGGAUUGCAGUUCUCUAUCCAGGGUCUUGGGGCAAAGGAUUACCGAUUCUGAUAGGACCACAUCCUCAUGGGACAGACUAAGACCGGACAGACUAGCAUGUGGGUUUGGACUCCAUGUAAGUGUUGACGUUCCCUGACCCAGAUCAGCGGUCCCGCUGCUGAGUCUGGCUUGUGCCAGGGGCUGAGCAGCCCCUAGAGAGAGGCUCUGCUCCCUUUCCCACCUCCCAAACGUUGCUGUCGUUGCUGCCUUUUGGAUUUCUCUCCUCUGUUACUUUUUUUAGAGAUUCCUUCUUUGAUUGUGCAUAAGUGCUGAGAGCCUGAGGCCCCAUUUCUGCUGUGUAUAUAUCCUGACUCGGGGCUUUGAUUCAGCAGACUAUUCAUUCUUCUGUCAGACAAUGUCAUAUUCAACUCUGUUCAUAUUAAACCACUGUGAAGCACG